AUGAAGCUGCGCACGCCGUCACCACCUCCUGUUGAAGACGCGCCCUGGCAGUCGCAGACCCCUAGUAAUACCCUGGAAUUUGGGUCGCAAUCAACGCUCGUGAAGGCAAGGAUUCAGAGGCAUGUAGAUAGCUCCCCAACUUCGAUGGUUGAGGCCUUUGAAAAGAAGGCCAAAGGCGCAGCGGUGGUGGCGCAUAAGCUUGUGUUGGCGCAAAAGGAGAACGCUGAACUUCGAGCAGCAAAUAAGGCCGCCAUGCAACGUAGAUCGCACAAGAGGAAGCGGGUUCAGAAAGAGGGUACCCUUACAGUUGAGAAGGGCCUACGCUUAACGACUCUAAAAGAGUUUACAGCGCGUAGUGAUGGAAUAAAGGCAUUGAAGAGGGUGCGCGCUGAAUUAGGCGAACCAACGCAACGUCGCUGUGGACGCUGCGACGAGGCAGGGCACAACGGGCGAACAUGCAAGCAAGAAGUAGAGUGUAUUUCUAAGUAG